UACAAACAUUAGAUUUGAACAUUUUGAAUCGCAAUUUUGAACUGGAAUUCGCGGAAGAUAUUACAAAUUUAAACUCAUAAUGGCAGAAUCUAGCACUGCAAAGACCAAGAGUACAACAAGAAUGAAACAUAAAGCAACGAAAUCACACGAUAAAGGAAAAAACACCGUUCUUAAUACACCUCCAGUCCAAGAACACUCCUUCCUYACAGAYAGRACAGAUGUUAAACUUAUGGAGCAAGAAUUGCUUUCCUUAAUGGAUGAUUUUCACCAAGGAAGGCUACAUGCCUUUGGAUCAGACUUUACAAUCGAUAAAAUGGAUAAAGUGAGAGAUUUACAAGACAGAGUUGCGCAGAUGCACUUUGAGAUGGACAGCAAUAACGCUGUUAACGACCAGGAAGGGGACGAUUCAGACGAAGCGAAGAGCGAUCGAAAUCUUGAAAAAUUAAUGAAGAAUUUAGAGAACUUGAGUUCCACUAUACAAAGCCUUCACAAAGGAGACUCUGUUUUUCAGUAUUUUAUGCAAAAUGACAAYACUUUCUUUGAAGAACCAUAGRCAGUUUAUUGUACYGURGUUCAUGAUGCUGUKGRGGGAGGGGAGGGUAYAUUUGUUGACAAUGGUGAARACAUAUCAACAYUUUUUAUUUUGCUUGUUGUGCAUGUUACGAAGACUUGUUAGCAUAACGAAGUAGUAUKUAACAAUGUUGUGACUUACAUCCAUGCGAAUUUAGCGCCACAAUCAGACACAAMUCCAACUUCAAAUUGUAAAUGCUCUAAUUUUAUUCAUUGUUCUCUUGCUUCAUUUAGAUUAUAAGUUCAAUCUAAGCAAUUUCUUUUUUUCAGAUAAUUUUGCUAUUUUUUCUUAUAAUAUAAUAUAAUUUUUCAGUGUAAAUUUGGUAAAAUAUUGCAGCUUCAAAUUUCCAUAAAAUUGUUGAAUGAACAUUAGCUA